AUGGCCAGAUCGCAAGCGAGACAUUUCCACCAAGCGAUACGUACACCAGCAAUAACAUCCUCUCAAGCAAGGAGGAGGCCGACUCCAAGUUCAAAAGUUCAGACCGCUGCUACAUUUCCAACACAAGGGCCACAAACGGCAAGAACGAUUUUCAUACAGACGCAGGAUACGCCCAAUGUCGAUGCUCUGAAGUUUAUACCGAAUCACCCUGUCCUACCUCCUGACUUUCCAGGCAGCUCAGUAGAAUACACCUCACCACGAUCGACGUUGGCUCCUCCUCAUCCAUCCCCUCUAGCAGCAAGAUUGUUGGGCGUUGAUGGCGUAUCCUCUAUCUUCUAUGGACCUGAUUUCAUUACUGUCACAAAAGUUUCGGAUACAAACUGGGCGCAUGUCAAGCCUGAGGUGUUCAGUUUGAUCACCGAGGCUGUGUCAUCCGGCGAACAAAUUGUUGCAACGUCAGAAAAAGGAGCGGAUGGGCAAGGACCACCAGUAGCUGAGGACAGUCUUGUCAUCAAGGACGAUGAUGAUGAGGUUGUCGCAAUGAUUAAAGAGCUUUUGGAUACACGUGUUAGACCAGCAAUUCAAGACGAUGGUGGUGAUAUCGAGUACCGUGGUUUUAGAGAUGGUGUAGUGCUUCUGAAGCUAAGGGGAGCAUGCCGAACAUGCGAUUCCAGCACGGUCACGCUUAAGAAUGGUAUCGAGUCCAUGCUUAUGCAUUAUAUCGAAGAAGUUAAAAGCAUUGAGCAAGUGCUCGACGAAGAAGAGGAGAUUGCGAUCCAAGAGUUUGCAAAAUUCGAAGAGAAGCUUCGACAACAGAAAGGCCCCGACGCCACAGCUACCACCGUCGGCAAGGACAGCUUGGAUUAUGCAGCAUAG